UCGCUCUCCGCUGGCACAACUGAGCAACGCAACCUUCCGCGACCCAGAUGUCCAUGUUUCCGCCUUAGCCAUCAAGCAAGUCAUUCACGAACUUACUUUACUGUUUUCUUACAGCUGCACAUUGUUCAUUUUCUCCCCUUUGGCCAAUCUUGCCCCAGGAUUGGUUGCGCACACGCGGUACAAGGCUGGGAAGGUUGCCGAUGUUGCUGAUGCCAAUUCAGGCCAUAUUCGAUCCAUAAAAUCUCGAGCUCUGCGCCAACACGGCCAUCUCCAUACAUCUUUCUCCCGAGAAAGAGUCCUACUUGGGCCCGCCACGGUCCAGGAGACACGGUCCAGGAGAGUGGUUCCUUGACCGCACACGCUUGCGCGAUAACCCCGAAAAAUCAUUCGUGCUGGAUCCGUAUCGACGGCCCGAGGAGCGGAGGGAAAUCAUGGCGGCGAACCAUCACCCCUCGCCGCCAAUGUCGGUACAGAUGCACCAUGGGCCUCCUGGCCCUCCUCCUCCCCCACCGCCUCCCCAGGGUGCGCCUUAUUUGCCCUCGCGCCAGAUCAGCACCAUGAAUGAGAUGGUGUGGAUUCAGCUCGGGAGCCUUGCCGAAACUCUGGCCAACCCUGACGAGGCUAUCGCUGCUUACGAGCACGCAAUACGGCACAACCCCCAGUCAAUCCCGGCCAUCAACGCGAUCAGCCUCAUCCUUAGGGGCCGUGAGGAGUUUGCAAAGGCGGCGGACUACCUGAACCAGAUCCUCAAGAUUGACAGCAACAAUGGCGAGGCCUGGGGCAGCCUGGGGCACUGUUACCUCAUGCUGGAUGACUUGCAGCAGGCAUACUCAGCCUACCAGACUGCUCUAGUGAAUCUUCGAAAUCCAAAGGACCCACGUCUGUGGUACGGCAUCGGCAUCCUGUACGAUCGCUAUGGAUCCCUUGAACAUGCCGAGGAGGCCUUCUCCCAGGUAAUGCAGAUGGAUCCGACCUUCGACAAAGCACACGAAAUAUAUUUCCGACUUGGUAUAAUAUACAAGCAACAGCAGAGAUACAGCCAGAGCCUCGAGUGCUUCAAAUACAUCGUCAACUCGCCACCCAGCCCAUUGACGGAGGAAGACAUCUGGUUCCAGAUCGGCCACGUGCAUGAACAGCAUAAAGACUACGAUAGUGCCAAGGCCGCAUACCAGCGCGUGCUGGAGCGAGAUCCAAACCACGCGAAGGUCCUCCAACAAUUGGGCUGGUUGCACCACCAACAAAGCAGCAGCUUCUCUAGCCAAGAACGGGCCAUCGAGUACCUCGAAAAAUCUGUCGCUGCUGACAAUGGUGAUGCUCAGAGCUGGUACCUCCUUGGCCGAUGCUACAUGUCGCAACAGAAGUAUCCCAAGGCCUACGAGGCCUAUCAGCAGGCUGUGUACCGCGACGGGCGGAAUCCGACAUUCUGGUGCUCAAUUGGAGUCCUAUACUACCAGAUCAAUCAAUACCGUGAUGCGCUAGAUGCGUACUCCCGAGCCAUCCGCCUGAAUCCGUUCAUCUCCGAGGUUUGGUAUGACCUGGGAACAUUGUAUGAAAGUUGCAACAACCAGAUCAACGAUGCACUUGACGCAUACCAGAGGGCAGCGGAACUGGAUCCCUCCAACCCUCACAUCAAGGCGAGACUGCAAUUGCUCCGCAGUGGCAGCGCUAAUGGUGUGCCGCCUGGUCAGGCUCCGAUGCCCACUGAUGUACACCCACAGGCGUACCAAGACCGUGGAGCCGUGGGACCUCCGGGCCCCCAGUGGGCAGGAUCCGCCCCGCAACCAGCUCAGGCGGCCGGUGGGCCUCCUCCCGGCCCUCCCGGCCCUCCCGGCCCCCCUGGCCCUCCAGGCCCGCCGGCCGGCCCUAACGGCUGGGGGAGGAUCUCGGACAUCAACCCGCCUCCACAGCCUCCCAAUCCGUAUGCUGCAGACCGAGAGGCCUUCCGUGGGCCUGCUCCCCCGCUUCCCCGGCAGCCCAGCCCCCGACAGCAGGAGCAGAUGAGGCCGUAUGGCGAACCAAACCGGCCGGGACCCCUUCGGCGAGGGCCAUCCCCCCCUCCUCCUCACUAUGCGCCGCCCCCUCUACAACAGCCACAGCAACCAGCACCGGCCUCACAGCCUCGCGAGAGGGUGCCAAACCCCAACUAUGGCGGCCCUAGUCCAUCGGCUGCCGCCCUCCCGCCCGGCUCCAGUCAGAACGGCCCAAUGCCCCCAAAUGCAAUGAUGUACCGGACCAACAGCCCAAGAAAUGACGGCCGACCACCCAUGCACGAUAAUCGCAUGCCGUCGCCGAAGUCGGCGUACCCGCAGCAUCAGCCGCCUUACCCUCCCCACCCCGAUCAGGCCGGGCCACUCGGGCCCGAUCCUUCAGCGACGCUGCCACCACAGCAUCCCAUACCUCCUGAGGCUGCCAUGCAUCGGGAGCAUGAUCAUCGGCCUCCAUCGGCCCCCCCAAAGCGAAUGCGGGAGUGGGAAGACGAACGCGAAGCCAAGAAGCCUGCUUCUGAUGAGAAUCGUGCGCGGAUGGACGAUCUUCGCCAUCGGCGACCAUCCACACCGCCCGGGGAGCCCUAUCGCCGAAAUUCGUCCGAGGCGCGACGGUUUGAGGACCAGCGCCGGGCUGAGGACCAGCGCCGGGCCGAGGACCAACGCCGUGCCGAGGAUCAGCGCCGGGCCGAGGACCAGCGACGUGAGGAUCAAAGACGGAUGGAUGAAAUGCGCCGCGCUGAAGAUGUGCGCCGUGCCGAAGAGCCGCGCCACGUUAACGACGCCUACCACCCAUCGGAGGCCGCACAUCAUCCCCAUGUCCAUACUGCCCCGCCACAUUUGGCCCCGCUACAACAGCAAGGCCCUUCGCCAAUGCAAAACAUCAUGCACGAUGGCCCUCCUCCGCCACCCGGCCCGCCCGGCCCGUCUGGCCCACCUGGUCCACCUCCGCCGCCUGAAGACAGACAGCGGAUGGAGCAUGGACCUCCGGUACCUCACCCGCCAGCCCUCGGCGAGCCCGAGCGUGCGGCGCGAAAGAUGGAUGUGGAUGAAGACUAUGACGAUAGCGGCGAAGAAGACAAGAAAUCCGGCUCUGGCCCCGGCUCUGCAACUGGCGAGCAGAAGAAUGCCACCCCAACCAGUGCCGGCAUCAACGGGAUGAUGGGUCCCAAGUCUGAAGGAAACUAAGAGGGGUCGGCAUUUCCCCCUCCCCACAGUGAUGUUACAUAUCUAGUCUCUAUUUCGCAUCGUUCCUGCGGUCUCUAGUGCCCACUUUUCCUUUCUUUUUUUGAGAGUAUACUGUCUGGAUGCUCACGCAACAGUUUGGUUGCUUUUGACUUGUUGUCGGCACACAUGCGUGUUCCCCGAGACGUUUCUUCCGAUAUCGAGGGAGACUUUCUAACUAGUUUUUACCCGCUUGAUUCCACACGGGACUCGGCAAGGAUAUUCAAGUCUAGUCACGGGUUGCAAGGCGGUACAAGUUGAUAGCUUACCUGUGAAAAGAAGAAUAUAUCCCAUUUACCAAGCUAUCUUGUCAUGCAUUUCGUGCGCGGCGCCCAAUCUAGUCGGUUUUGUAAUUUUGUGCCAUAGAACAAGCAAAUUGAUUAUGGAG